CCCGAGCUGCUAGUUUACCCAGCAUGAAGCUCCAAAGCAGCUUUGAGGAGUUUACUCCUGGUUUCUGUGGAGAUCCAGAUGAUGAAACCUACCGGUUCCAGUGCUCCGGUCCAGGCCUGUACCAGUGCAGAGUGAGCGGCCUGGUGUUUGCCAUGAAGGGAGGAGGAGACGUGUUUUACAGGGUUGUUCCCUGGAACAGGACAUUACUGAGCCCACAUGGCAAGAAGCCUGCAGGGCCUCUGUUUGACAUCAGCUGCCUGCAGCAGUCUGUGGCUCAGCUUCAUCUCCCUCACUGUGAGGUCCGCUCCACUGGACCAUGUCACUUCCUGUCAGUCGCUCAUCUCCAUGACGGAGGCGUGGAGUUCAUCAGGCCUGAGAGGAUCACAGAGACUCACAUCAUUAUCAGCAUCUCAGGGUUUUCUGCUUUUGGGAACGUCAAGGAUGAGGAUUCUCCUGCUGACCCGGUCCGAGCCUUGGUUCUGCUGUUCUACAGACCUGCAGCUGAUCCAGGCGUCACUUCCUUCCUCAAUCUGUUGCUUCUUCCAGCGAAUGUUGUGAUCCGGGAAUUGAAACGGACCAGGAAGAAAUUAUUUGGGCCGGAGACGUUCAUAGAUGCUCCUCCAAACUGCAAACUGCAUCCGAAGGAGACCUACUCUCUGUCCACCAGCCCUGCAGGAGAAUCGGUUCUGGUUCAGCCCGCAGAAGCAGAAUUUGACCCAGAAUCCUACAACAGCUACUUCACCUCCAUCCAGGUGAUUUUAAACAGCAUCAUAGGAGACAUCAAGCUGAGUGUGAAGCAGGCGAAAACCUCCUGCUGCGUUUGGGAGAGUCGUGUUUGUCUCGUGACUCACAGACUGAAACCGGGUCUCCCUUCUGACCAACAGCUGAAGGAAACCCGGACCAGAAUCAUCGAUGGGAUCUCAGAACCGGUUCUGCAGAGUCUGCUGGACAAACUGCUGGAGAAAAAGGUCCUGAGUGACUCAGAGAGGGAGGCGGUGGAGGCGGAGAAGAUCAGGGGAGACAAAGCUCGAGUUCUGAUCGACACGGUGAGGAGGAAAGGAGAUGCUGCCGGUUCUGAGAUGAUCCGGUUCCUCUGUGAGCUCGACCCGUUUCUCUGCAGACAUGUGGGGCUGAUCUGUGAGAAAGUGGAACCAAACCAGUAAAUCAUAAACUGAAGGGAAAAUAAGGAGCCAUAAACUCAAAGACCUGUUAGAAACAAACUGAGCAUCAAAAUCAUUGAUUAUGGACAAAACAUUUAUCUUAAAUUGGACUCUUAUUGUGAAAUCCUGUGUUUCUGUGUUGGAAUAUUUGAUGUUUUUUAUUGUUUAUAACAGACAGUUGUUGGAUAAUUAGAUGUUUUCAACCUGUUUUGUUUACUUUAUUGAUGUAGCACCAAUUUACAACAAAGUCAGUUAAACAAAGUACAUAAGGUCAGAACUCAGCUGCUAAUGCUAGUGCUAAGGAUAUGCUAAUGCUAAGGCAGUAGCUUUAGCAUUCUGGUUGCCAUACAAAUAUUAAUAUGUGUAUUCAUGGUACUUUGAAAGAUCGAUGAAUAAUUUUGCUUCCUCUAAUCCCAGAUGUGACAUCAUCAGGCCUGUCUGUUCUUCAAGCCGCCAUUUUGGUAGUCAGUCAGUAGAAGUUUGUUCACAUUAUAUUAAUCUAUCUAAAAACUAUCUAUUAAGAAUUAAUUAUCCAAACUAAUCCAAGCAAAUGAUUUUUCAAAGAUUAUUUUAUUACAUGAGUUUGUUUUGAAUUGUAAACUGGUUGUUGUUCUU